UGAUUGAGAAAGAUUUAAAUAUUGUACACACACACACAUAUAUACACACGUGUAAUAACUGUCAUACCUCUAACUCAAUGCUGAGAGUUGUCUUGGGUCAACGUGACUGCACAAGAAAGAAUCCUCUGCAUACCAGGAAAAGUUUUUAAAAUGAUAAGUCUUUAUUAUUACAUUGUAUCUACACAUUUUUUGGUCUCUUUAAGAGAAGCAGCUAUUCUGAGCCUUUAUUCUUUUAUAUCCAAUAUUGUAAAGAAGGAUUUUUUUUUUAAAGAGAUGAGUUCUCCAAAGUUGCCCAGGCUGGUCUUGAACCCCCGGGGCUCAGGCAAUCCUUUCACCUCGGCUUCCCAAAGUAUCCAGUCUCUUUAACUUAAAAAGUGUCUUUUAAAAAUACAAGUCCGGGCGCGGUGUCUCAUGCUUGUAAUUCUAGCACUUUGAGAGGCCCAGGCAGUAGGAUAGCUUGAGACUGGCUUUGGCAACAUAGCAGGCCCUGCCUACGCAAUUUGCCGUGCGUAGAGUCGCGCGCGCACUUGUAGUCCUGAGGAAGGAUCGCCUGAACCCAGGAGGUGUGGAUGCUGCGGUGAGCCGUAAUGGUGCCACUGCACUCAAGCCUGGGCGACAGAGACCCAGACUUUAAAAAAGUGUGAUUACAACAAAAUUUGUUUCCUUGAAAUAUUCCAUUUCUGCUCAUAUUAAACCCUAAUUGAUGGUUAUGUAUAAACUUUAGGAGUUGUGUUUUUAAAUGUUUUGAUUAUGCAAAAUACAUGAGUCCAUGGUCAAAUGCACAGAACAAGGUAUUGUAUACCCACAGGUUUCCAUUCUAGAGUCGGUCUUUAGGAGAUUUGUUUUAAACUUGAUUUCUCUCCCAAGCUGCAGUACAGCCUCCCUUUCCCCUCCCCCGGCUGCUACUCUGGACUUUCCCCAGGUCGCGCUUUUGCUCGAGCUCCUUUGAGAACUGUCUUCCUCUUCCUCGUUGCUUUUCUUCUCUCCUUCCCCCAUUUCCUGCCUUGGCCGACUGCGCGGGCCGCACCUGCAGGCACGCGUUUCCCAUUGGUGACAUCUUGGCGGGCCCGGCGGUGGCACUUCCUCCUCUGCACCCCGUGACCCACGUCCGCCUGCUGGCCUCGGAUCACGCGGCCUUCGCUUCCCGGACUCCGGACACCGCGCCGCCUAGGUCCCGACGGCCCGACCCCAGCGGUGGUUAGGAACAAAAAGAAGAUGCACCUGGACUUUCCCCGGAGCCCUCUUCGUUAUUAAGCUUCGGGUGGAAUUUGGGCGCCUUUGGCUGUAAGCUGCGCUUGCUUGAUAGAAGUAGAAAUCAGUCCUGCUGUCCUCUGUGGACAAUUCGCUUUCCAGAAGUGUGCCCCAUUGAAGGUAUCUGCAACUGUUUUAAGCCGCAAAAAAAGCUGUGCCCAAGCUCAUCUAACAUCUGCCCUGUCAAGUGUCCAUAAUGCUAGGCCCUGAGGGAGGUGAGGGCUUUGUGGUCAAACUCCGUGGCCUGCCCUGGUCCUGUUCUAUUGAGGAUGUGCAGAACUUCCUCUCCGACUGCACAAUUCACGAUGGGGCUGCAGGUGUCCAUUUCAUCUAUACUAGAGAGGGCAGGCAGAGUGGUGAGGCUUUUGUUGAACUUGAAUCAGAAGAUGAUGUGAAAAUGGCUCUGAAAAAAGACAGGGAAAGCAUGGGACACCGAUACAUUGAGGUGUUCAAGUCCCACAGAACCGAGAUGGAUUGGGUAUUGAAGCACAGUGGUCCCAACAGCGCCGAUAGCGCCAACGACGGCUUCGUGCGGCUUCGAGGACUCCCAUUUGGAUGCACAAAGGAAGAAAUUGUUCAGUUCUUCUCAGGGUUGGAAAUCGUGCCAAACGGGAUCACAUUGCCUGUGGACCCCGAGGGCAAGAUUACAGGGGAGGCUUUUGUGCAGUUUGCCUCGCAGGAGUUAGCUGAGAAGGCUCUAGGGAAGCACAAGGAGAGGAUAGGGCACCGGUAUAUUGAGGUGUUCAAGAGCAGUCAGGAGGAAGUCAGAUCAUACUCAGAUCCCCCUCUAAAGUUCAUGUCUGUGCAGCGGCCAGGCCCCUAUGACCGGCCUGGCACAGCCAGGAGGUACAUAGGCAUUGUGAAGCAAGCAGGCCUGGAUAGGAUGCGGCCUGGUGCCUACAGCACCGGCUAUGGGGGCUAUGAGGAGUACAGCGGCCUCAGCGACGGCUACGGCUUCACCACUGACCUGUUUGGGAGAGACCUCAGUUAUUGUCUCUCCGGAAUGUAUGACCACAGAUAUGGAGACAGCGAGUUCACAGUGCAGAGCACCACCGGCCACUGCGUCCACAUGAGGGGGCUACCAUAUAAAGCUACCGAGAACGACAUUUACAACUUCUUCUCUCCACUCAACCCUGUGAGAGUUCACAUUGAGAUUGGCCCAGAUGGAAGAGUGACGGGAGAAGCAGAUGUUGAGUUUGCCACUCAUGAAGAAGCUGUGGCGGCUAUGUCUAAAGACAGAGCCAACAUGCAGCACAGAUACAUAGAACUCUUUUUGAAUUCGACCACAGCAUCCAGCAACGGGGCAUAUAGCAGCCAGGUGAUGCAGGGCAUGGGGGUAUCAGCAGCCCAGGCCACUUAUAGUGGCCUGGAGAGCCAGUCAGUGAGUGGCUGUUAUGGGGCCAGCUACAGCGGUCAGAACAGCAUGGGCGGAUACGACUAGUUUUGUAAUAUUUGAGUUAUUUCAAUCAAAUUUUCACAGGCAGCCAACAAGCAGUGAAGAGCAGUUGUAACUCUAGAGGAAGCUGUGGGACCCAUUUUGCACCAUGAGUUUGUGAAAUCUGGAUUAAAAAAUUACCUCUUCAGUGUUUUCUCAUGCAAACUUUUCUUCUAGCAUGUGAUAUUGAGUAAACUAAAACUAUUUUCAGCUUUUCUCAAUUAACAUUUUGGUAGUAUACUUCAGAGUGAUGUUAUCUGAGUUUAAGUAGUUUAAGUAUGUUAAGUGUGGGUCUUUUACACCACAUCACAGUGAACACACUGGGGAGACGUGCUUUUUGGAAAAUUCAAAGGUGCUAGCUCCCUAAUUCAAAGAAAUAUCUCAUGUUUGUUCAUUCUAGUUUAUAUUUUCAUUUAAAAUCUCUUAGGUUAAGUUUAAGCUUUUUAAAAGUUAGUUUUGAGAAUUGAGACACAAUACUAAUACUGUAGGAAUUGGUGAGGCCUUGACUUUCUUUGUACUGUGAUUUCCUUUUGGGUGUAUUUUGCUAAGUGAAACUUGUUAAAU